CUCCCCCUAGCCCCCGCCCACCCGGCGAGUCAGCAGAGAAUCGGCGGCACAAUGGCGGCGCCCGUACCCCCUCCUCGUCCCGUCACCCACCUGCUUUUUGACAUGGACGGCCUCCUUCUGGAUACCGAGCGGCUCUACUCGGUCGUCUUUGAGGACAUCUGCGGGCGCUACGGGAAGAAGUACAGCUGGGACGUGAAGUCGCUGGUGAUGGGCAAGAAGGCGCUGGAGGCGGCCCAGCUGAUCAGAGACACGCUGCAGCUCCCGAUGUCCGCGGAGGAGCUGGUGGAGGUGAGCCAGGCCAAGCUGAAGGAGGUCUUCCCCACGGCCGCGCUCAUGCCAGUGCCUGGUCUUCGAGGACGCGCCCAACGGGGUGGAGGCGGCCCUCGCCGCCGGGAUGCAGGUGGUCAUGGUCCCCGACGGAAACCUGAACCCAGACCUGACCUCCAAGGCCACCCUCGUGCUGGGAUCCCUGCAGGAUUUCAAGCCCGAGCUGUUCGGCCUGCCGCCCUACGACUGAGCCGGCGCCCGCGCCCCACCCCGGGGGCCCCCGCCAGGAGAGGGCCAGGGGGACGCCCGGAGGAGCUGGAGGGAAGCCCCGCGCCCAGACCUCCCCCGGGUCCGGCCUUCAGCCUUCUCAUUCGGUGGAGGGCCGGGCCAACGCUCUCCAUGGGGGCGCAAACUCCCACUUGACACGCAGACGGCAGACCCAGCCCAGAACACAAGAUGGAAAAUUCUCACUGGAAUAAUCGUGUUUAGUAUCUGAAUGAUUUAGCUUCACGUCCUUUAUCUUCUUUGGUGUUCUCAACCCUGGCUGGCAACUGUAGAAUAUGUAUGCAUAUAUGUAUGUGCUUGUAUGUAUAUAUAUGUAGGUACAUAUUUAUUUAUAUUUAUAGACAUCGAGUACUGUAUCAGUCUUCAGUGUUUUUUGGUCUUCAGGGGCAAUAGCAACUGAUACAAGUGAGGUGGUCAUUCUGUUUGUAAUCUGACUGGGAAAUUCACAUCACAGAUGAGCUUUUAAUAAGCGACUCUCUUUAUCAGCAGAAGUUGACAUUCUUCCUGUGUCCUUCAAAGCACUCUGGACCUGUGGUCAGAGCCUGUGACCGCUAUCCGUUGUUUGCGUCAGUGUGAACAUCAUUGUAGCCUGAGUCUUACAUCGAGGUGCAUAUGCACGUUCGAGAACAUUUUCUACCUCAGAAAAAUCAUUUAAGAUCAUUUAUUUUUCUAAUACGCUCUUUGGUACAGAUAGAAUUGAACUAGACAAUGCAGUCUUGGUACCACCAAGAACCCAUUUGGGGAACAACUUACCAAACAUUACCGUCUGGCGAUUAACCCCUUCUAAUAGAAUUUCCUCCAGAAACCUGGCACGCUGCAGUCCAUGGGGUCGCAAGGAGUCGGACACAACUUAGCAACUCAACAACAGACUUCCUCAGCUUUUCACGAUGGGAACAUCAUUGAAAAUGAGAAUAAUAUAAUCAUGGGGUGUUCCUACUGGGUGCCCCCCCCCCCCAAGUAUUCUCUGUUACUGAUUGUCAUUAAGCUGAUUUUCAACUCUGUAAGGUCUUAGAAAAAUGAUAGAGAUGUGUGUGCCUGCAAUGAUUGUUUGUGAUUAUUUCUGGCCUUUGACCAGUUUUGCACCAUUUCAGCUAAUUGAUCUCAAUGUUUCUUCAUGGCCCAUAUAAGUGUCUGUUCUUUGAAUUCUCCCUAAAAUCGCUUGUAACAUCUUACUGUUUCCCUCACCAGUUAGUUUCAUUGAAUAAAAGUUUUGACACUUGUUUCUGUAUUAUUUGUAUGUGAGUAUGAUUUUAUCAUUCUCUUUUAAAAAAAAAAAUUCGUAUUCCAGGGACUUCCCUAAUGGUCCACUUCACCAUCCCAUGCUGGGGGUGUCACUUCAAUCCCUGGUUGGGGCGUUAAAAAAUCCAAAACAUAGCACAGAAGCUAUAUUGUAACAAGCUCAAUAAAGACUUAAAAAAAUUAUCCUCUAACAAAUGUAAAACAUAA